AUGGAGGGUCUCUCUCACCCCCAUGGCCUCCACAGCACGGAGCCCGGAGCCUUCUCAGGAACCAACUACCCAGACCCUCGGCCCCUGGAUGUGAGCCUGGCCCCCCUGUCAGAGGAGGCCCCUGGAGCAGAGGCUCAGCUGUCCUUCCCACAGUCGGCUGCAGAUGUGCCCAAAGAACACAGCCCCAUGGUUCCAGAGCCUCAACCUCCACGCAGCCCCCUGGACCUGCCCCCAGGUGCACUAGGGGACUGGCCCCCACAGACCUGCCUCUCAGACCUCCCCUUCACCCCCAGCGUCUCCACAGUGAUCAGUCGUCAUGCAGGCCAGCUCGGCACCAGCCCAGAGGACCGGCCCGAACGUUGGCCGGUCCGGGAGAGCGGGGCCUACGCUGGGGGGGACGAGAGGGAGACUGAGGGCUCCGAUCGAAAACAGAAGAAGAAGAAGAAAAGACGACAGAAAGAUGAAGCGUCGUACGAGCAGGACCAGAGCAGGGGUCCGGCCGAGGCCCAGGUCCAGUCUGAAAACACGGCCCCAGAGGAGGUCUCCAGCCGGGUCAGAGGGGACUGGGAGGAGCAGCUCGGGAAAGGCAGAGGCAAGAAAAACAAAAGUCGCAAGAAGAUUCCAGAAGAGUGGAGCGUCAUGGCCGAACCCUUCGUACCGUCGUCCGCUCCCAUCGUCCCGGACCUCGCCAUGGACCUCGCCAUGGACCUGGGGAGUUCUGCCGUGGACUCGUCUUUCGCUGAGGCCUGGAGACCAGAACCACCGCAGGACGAGAGCCUCAUCCCGGCUCCUCUGUCCCACGACGUCUUCUCCCCAGAUCCCAUCAGUGUUUUGAUCCUGAACAGUGAGCUCAAAGCCACUGCUCCUCCCUUCACCAUGCCAGGCUCCUUCGACCUCCUGAUGGACAUGGAGAACGGGAACUCACCCUUCUCUGCCGCUGACGUCGUGGACAGCGGCGUCUUCGACAAAACCUCGUCUCCUCGAGAUUCCCAAGACGAGAACACGUCUGCGUUCAGCUCGGCGUCUCAGGCCAGCCCUCACGAUGACGUCCAGGCCUCUGCACCGCCUCUGUCCCCGUCCUGGUUCUUCAACGAGUCCCAGACCAGCAGUGGGAACGACCUCUUCGACCUCAGUGAAAGUUCUGGUCCGCGGCUGCCUCUGGGUCUGACCUUCGACACCCCGAGUCCAGCUCCUCUGCGCUCCCCAAAGACCACAGCGCAGGAGUUCCAGUCCAAGAAGUCAAAGCUACCAUCUCCUUCCCAAAGCCCGACUCCCGCGGACGAACCCUUUCUGGGGCAGGAGGCUGAAGCUACCUCCUCUUCAUCACCUCCUGCACCCGGAUCUGCGCUUAACCCAGCCGCCAAGCCCUUCUUCCCCAGUUUUGCAGACCCAGCAGAGGACUCGCCGGGGUCUCCCACUGCUGAAGGUUGGUUGGUGUCGUCGCUGGAGCGAGUAGACGUCCUAGAGACCUCUCCGUCCGCAUGGUGUCCCGGCCUGUGUAGCUCACCCGGCUUUAGGACCUCUGUGAUUAUAGUCCGUCUAGUGCUUCUCAAACUGUCGUAUCUCGGGGCCCGUUGGUUUCUGGAGUGGUGUCUUUGGGGAGUGUUUGGGGAGUGUUGGGGGGUGGGGGGUGGGGGGGGGGGUGUUGGGGUGUCCUUGGGGGUGUGUUGGUCCUUGCUGUGCAGAGCUGUAGAUUUGGGGGAGUCUCUGUGCUCUUGGUGCCUCACUCUCACCUGGGGGGGAGACGAGGGAGGAGACGAGGGGGGAGACAGAGGAGGAGACGAGGGAGGAGACGAGGGAGGAGACGAGGGAGGAGACGAGGGAGGAGACAAGGGGGGAGACGGAGGAGGAGACGAGGGGGGAGACGGAGGAGGAGACGAGGGGGGAGACGGAGGAGGAGACGAGGGGGGGGGACGAGGGGGGAGACACGGGGAAAGCAUUCUUACUACUAGAGGGAGCAGCGCCUGA